AUGCGUAAUAAUUCUAAUACUUCGAUAUCAACUAUAACUCCACCUUUAACUCAUAGUAGUGAUGAAGAAGAUAUCUUAUAUCGAAUGAGUUCAGAAAAUUCCACAAAUAUAAUAAAAAGACCACCAGAUGUAAAACAUCGUUAUCAUAGAGUUCCAAUUCAAGUUGCUGAAUCUUUAUGUCCUCAAUUUUAUGAUUUUCCUUUGGGCUCUUAUUCUUCUAUAAAUACUCCUACAACUUCUCUUGAACAACAAUAUCCUUCCGAUCAAGAAUAUUAUAUUGGAUUAAAAAGAUCUUCAAAGCGAAAAUUUUCUAUUAGAAAAAAAAGUUUAUUUG